AUGUCUACUUUCCAGGAUCUCAAGAAAUCCCGAACCGCUCGUCAAGGUAUAUCACGUCCUCAGCCUUCAUCUUCGUCAACAUUGAACGGAGCCAAUGGACCGACCCCGGAUUGCGUGGACGAUGAACUAGCUUCGAAGGCCAGGGAAGUGCUAUCCAACGCACUUGGGAGACCACUUGGUCAGGACGAACCUGGCUUGGAGUACUUGAAUGAUCCAGAAGUGGAAAUCACCAAUGUGUCGUCUUACUAUUCACAAGGACGUAAACAGGAGGUAUCUCGAGGUAUAGGACAUCCGAAAGAUCAAGGCAAGGGAAAAGGGAAGCAGCCUCAGAUGUCAAAGUAUACUGUGACGAAAGAAGGAAAAGAUGAGGUAUCUCAUGAAUUGUAUAAAAGCGAAUUGGAAGGUAGUGGGCUAGAAGUUCAUGCUCUUCCUGGGAGAGGGAGGGGAUUGAUAACGAAGCGAUUGAUCAAAGCGGGCACGAUAAUCCUCAAAACACCACCUUCCAUAUCCGCUUUACAGAAUCAACAUUUCCAAAGAGUCUGUCAUGGAUGUUAUCUAACGAUGAAAGAAAGGAAUAUAGCGAGUUGUAAAAAUGAGAAAGAACGAUAUGAGAAGAAGAUGCGAGGCGAGUUGAAGAUCAAGUUGAAUAGGUGUAGUGGAUGUAAAGUUUUACAUUAUUGUUCAAGGGAAUGUCAGUUAUUCGAUUGGCCAACCCACAAACAUGAAUGUAUAGCUCUACAGCGAUUCCGAAAAAUGUAUUAUAGGACGUAUCCCAACAAACGACAAGAUGACGACGAUCUGUCUUGGACUCAGGCGAGCCCCGAACCGGUUCGUGCGCUUGCGAGGAUCAUCUGGAGGAGGAGGGUGGAGAGAGAGAAGAACGGUGGAAAGGAUGGAAUAUGGUGGAAACAAAUAGCUUCUCUGGAAUCUCACGUGUCACUAUCCACCCGACAGGAGGUGAUGCGUCUAGCUCAACAAGCUCAACACCUUCAACAUUACCUUUCAGCUUCUAUACCCACCAAGGGAUCUGAUGAGGAUGAAGACCAACUAUUACCUGUUAAUAUGGAAGAUUUCGGGUUUGAGAAUGUACAGGAGGUUAUGAAUUUCUGUUCUUCUUUCCACGUCAAUUCAUUUACACUUUCCUCGCCUUCCCUCACACCUAUCGGGGUAUCCAACUCACCUCUUAUGGCUCUAUCUAACCAUUCCUGCGACCCAAAUGCUAUAGUGGUAUUUCCGAACGGCGCGAAAUACAUGGAACUGAUAGCUAUCAAAGAUAUCCAAAUUGAUCAAGAGAUUCUCACAUCAUACAUUGACCUUUCAUGUCCUUACGAUAUUCGACAACGUGAUUUGAAGGAGAGAUAUGGGUUUCAAUGUGAUUGUACACUAUGCGAGAAGAGUAAGGAUCAGGCGGCAGAUUGGGUAGAUCCAAGAUGGUGUGUGAGACAUGAGGGAUGUAAGUGUGGUGAUGGUAAGGGCAAGAUGCCUGUCACAGGAUCUAAAAGGGUUGUUUCAGUCAAAUGCGAUAAAUGUAAAGAGGAUUUUAAAGUGAAUGCUGAAGAGGUAUUGUCGGUAGUGCAGAAGGGAGUGGACGUGUUGGACAGUGAUGAGCAUAGACAACUGGAUUACAAAACCGCUCAAAGAACCUUGUCAACCCUAAUCCCCAAUUUACAAAAACACUUACCAAACCAUUCAUACCCCCUUCUCUCCUUAUUGAGAUUAUCAUCCGUAUCCCAUACACCACCUCAAUCGCCUAAAGAUCUACAAAUAGCCUUGAAACAUAUAAAACAAGCUUAUGAAGCUUGUUACGAGGUAUACAAUCAAAAUCACGCUACGCCUACCCUAAUCUUGUGUGAAUAUGCCAAAUUGCUUUCUCUAAAGGAUUCAGAACAACCCAAAGCUAUUGAUUUGAAUGGUAAGAAAGGGACGGAAAUGAAAAAUACGAUCAUCAGGAAUUUACUCAAAGCGAUUGAGAUGUUAACUAAAGCUGUGAAACAAUCUGAGAUCACGUUUGGAAAAGGAAGUGUAGUAGGAAAAGAGUUGGAGGGGAUUUUGGAAGGGUGUAAAGAGGAGAUGGAAAGGUUGAAGAGGAGUUAG